AUGGGCGAAUCCGCCAGUGUGCCGAUCAACAUUUUGGAGCAGGGGGCACUUCGCGAUGAGACUGGGGUGCUCUACGGCGACAGCCAAACUGGUUUGAAGAUUCUUCAAGCCCCCGACGGGGCAUGGCGCACGCGCCACGUGAGGCUGAGAUGCUUUGUAGUUCGGGAGCGAGUGAACAUGGGCACGUGGAAGGUCCGUCAUCUUCCGGGCUCGAAGCUGGCCUCGGACCUGCUCACCAAGGUGAUCACACAACCAGCGGCGUGGCAAGCCUUCUAUGAGUUCAUGGGUUUGAAAGCUGCUGAACGUGCCGCGCUGGAUGAGGCUGAGAGCUGUGAGGGUCCGGGGGAGCGCAAGUCCAAAGUGGCUGCAUUGGUAG